AUGAGUAAACUAGAAGAUCUAUUGGCUAAGAAAAAGACCGUAGUGCCCGUAUUAGAUCUCAGUCGCAGCAACAUACAGUCGAGUGAGGAGUUCAAGCGGUUAAUGGACAAGGUGCCCGACUAUAAGAUGCGACCCAUUAAAGUGCGUGCGGAGGAGAUUAAAAUCAAGGACAAGGACUACACAUUUAAGAUGCCCAAAAAGGAAAUGCGGAAGCUGCUCAAGGCCAAUGGCGAACGAGAGGCCAUGUAUGUGUAUGCGGAUCCCGUGCCCGGAGAAAUGAAGGAUGUUGUGCUGCUAGAGUUGUGCGCAGUACCCAUCGAUUGGAAGAUGUUGACCACUUUGAGGCCCAAGUCAAAAAUGGAGGAGGAGUAUUUCAGUCGCAUGGUGGAAAUGGGAAAACUGCAGCUGAAAACAGAGGCACGUGAUAGGCUGCUGGCGAACAGCUUUGUGAAGAAGAUCAAAAACAAAUCGGGCAUUGUGGAGACACGCCUCCUGACCUGCGCAGAGUGUGGCGAGGAAAUGUGUGAUGGAAAAUCAUGCACGGAUUUCAAUUACGAUUUAUUUGUGCGUGUCGAGGCGAAGGUUGCCAAACCAAAACCUGCGCCUGUUGCCACAAACAAGACGAAGCUAAAUGGUGCUGGACGCAAAAAAUCGGCCAUCAAUAGUGUAAAGAUCAAGACCAAGAAAGCAGCCAAACAAAAUUAAGUUUCCAUGUGCUGUAAAGACUUCAAAGUGAUGGUCGAAUUGU